AUGGAGCAAACAGUGCUUGUACCACCAGGACCUGACAGCUUCAACUUCUUCACCAGAGAAUCUCUUGCAGCUAUUGAAAGACGUAUUGCAGAAGAAAAGGCUAAGAAUCCCAAACCAGACAAAAAUGAUGAUGAAAAUGGCCCAAAGCCAAAUAGUGACUUGGAAGCUGGAAAGAACCUUCCAUUUAUUUAUGGAGAUGUUCCUCCAGGGAUGGUGUCAGAGCCCUUGGAGGACCUGGACCCCUACUAUGUCAAUAAAAAAACUUUUAUAGUAUUGAAUAAGGGGAAGGCCAUCUUCCGGUUCAGUGCCACCUCUGCCCUGUACAUUUUAACUCCCUUCAAUCCUCUUAGGAAAAUAGCUAUUAAGAUUUUGGUACAUUCAUUAUUCAGCAUGCUAAUUAUGUGCACUAUUUUGACCAACUGUGUGUUUAUGACAAUGAGUAACCCUCCUGAUUGGACAAAGAAUGUAGAGUACACCUUCACUGGAAUAUAUACUUUUGAAUCACUUAUAAAAAUUAUUGCCAGGGGCUUCUGUUUAGAAGAUUUUACUUUCCUUAGAGAUCCAUGGAACUGGCUCGACUUCACUGUCAUUACAUUUGCAUAUGUGACAGAGUUUGUGGACCUGGGCAAUGUCUCAGCAUUGAGAACAUUCCGAGUUCUUCGAGCUUUGAAAACAAUUUCAGUCAUUCCAGGCCUGAAGACCAUUGUGGGGGCCCUGAUCCAGUCGGUGAAGAAGCUCUCUGACGUCAUGAUCCUGACUGUGUUCUGUCUGAGCGUGUUUGCGCUGAUUGGGCUGCAGCUCUUCAUGGGCAACCUGCGGAAUAAGUGUGUCCAGUGGCCUCCCACCAAUGCUUCGCUGGAGGAGCAUAGUAUAGAGAAUAAUAUAACUGUGGAUUACAAUGGCACACUUGUAAAUGAAACUGUCGUUAAGUUUGACUGGAAAUCAUACAUUCAAGAUUCAAGAUAUCAUUAUUUCCUGGAGGGUUUUCCAGAUGCACUACUAUGUGGAAAUAGCUCUGAUGCAGGCCAAUGUCCAGAAGGAUAUAUGUGUGUGAAAGCCGGUAGAAAUCCUAAUUAUGGCUACACAAGCUUUGAUACCUUCAGUUGGGCUUUUUUGUCCUUGUUUCGACUAAUGACUCAGGACUUCUGGGAAAAUCUUUAUCAACUGACACUACGCGCUGCUGGGAAAACAUACAUGAUAUUUUUCGUGCUGGUCAUUUUCUUGGGCUCGUUCUACCUAAUAAAUCUGAUCCUGGCUGUGGUGGCCAUGGCCUAUGAGGAGCAGAACCAGGCCACCAUGGAGGAGGCAGAACAGAAAGAAGCUGAAUUUCAGCAGAUGCUUGAACAACUUAAAAAGCAACAGGAGGCAGCUCAGCAGGCAGCAACGGUAACUGCCUCUGAACAUUCCAGAGAGCCCAGUGCAGCGGGCAGGCUCUCAGACAGCUCAUCGGAAGCCUCCAAGUUGAGUUCCAAGAGUGCUAAGGAAAGAAGAAAUCGGAGGAAGAAAAGGAAGCAGAAAGAGCAGUCCGGUGGGGAAGAGAAAGAUGAUGAUGAAUUCCAUAAAUCUGAAUCUGAAGACAGCAUCAGAAGGAAAGGGUUUCGCUUCUCCAUUGAAGGGAACAGAUUAACAUAUGAAAAGAGGUACUCUUCCCCACACCAGUCUUUGUUGAGCAUCCGUGGGUCCCUAUUUUCUCCAAGGCGCAAUAGCAGAACAAGCCUUUUCAGCUUUAGAGGGCGAGCAAAGGAUGUGGGAUCUGAGAAUGACUUUGCUGAUGAUGAGCACAGCACCUUUGAGGAUAACGAGAGUAGGAGAGACUCACUGUUUGUGCCCCGCCGGCAUGGAGAGCGACGCAACAGUAACCUGAGUCAGACCAGCAGGUCGUCCCGGAUGCUGGCCGUGCUUCCAGCCAAUGGGAAGAUGCACAGCUCUGUGGAUUGCAAUGGUGUGGUUUCCUUGGUUGGUGGACCUUCAGUUCCUACAUCGCCUGUCGGACAGCUUCUGCCAGAGGUGAUAAUAGAUAAGCCAGCUACUGAUGACAAUGGAACAACCACAGAAACCGAAAUGAGAAAGAGAAGAUCAAGUUCUUUCCAUGCUUCCAUGGACUUCCUAGAAGAUCCUUCCCAAAGGCAAAGAGCGAUGAGUAUAGCCAGCAUCCUAACAAAUACAGUAGAAGAACUUGAAGAGUCUAGGCAGAAAUGCCCACCUUGUUGGUAUAAAUUUUCCAACAUAUUCUUAAUCUGGGACUGCUCUCCAUAUUGGUUAAAAGUGAAACAUAUUGUUAACCUGGUUGUGAUGGACCCCUUUGUGGACCUGGCCAUCACCAUCUGCAUUGUCUUAAAUACUCUUUUCAUGGCCAUGGAACAUUACCCCAUGACAGAACAUUUUAAUAAUGUGCUUGCAGUAGGAAACUUGGUUUUCACUGGGAUCUUUACAGCAGAAAUGUUUCUGAAAAUUAUCGCCAUGGAUCCAUAUUACUAUUUCCAAGAAGGCUGGAAUAUCUUUGAUGGUUUUAUUGUAACGCUUAGCCUGGUAGAACUUGGACUCGCCGACGUGGAAGGAUUAUCAGUUCUUCGUUCAUUCCGAUUGCUCCGAGUUUUCAAGCUGGCAAAGUCUUGGCCAACAUUAAAUAUGCUGAUAAAAAUCAUCGGCAAUUCAGUGGGGGCUCUGGGAAACCUCACGCUGGUGUUGGCCAUCAUCGUCUUUAUUUUUGCCGUGGUCGGAAUGCAGCUCUUUGGUAAGAGCUACAAAGAUUGUGUGUGCAAGAUCUCCAGUGACUGUGAGCUCCCGCGCUGGCACAUGCACGACUUCUUCCACUCCUUCCUGAUUGUGUUCCGUGUGCUGUGUGGAGAGUGGAUAGAGACCAUGUGGGACUGCAUGGAGGUCGCUGGCCAAGCCAUGUGCCUUACUGUCUUCAUGAUGGUCAUGGUCAUUGGAAACCUAGUGGUCCUGAAUCUCUUUCUGGCCUUGCUUCUGAGCUCAUUUAGCGCAGACAACCUCGCAGCCACUGACGAUGAUAAUGAAAUGAACAAUCUCCAAAUUGCUGUGGAUAGGAUACAGAAAGGAAUAGAUUAUGUUAAAAGAAAAAUAUAUGAAUUCAUUCAGCAGUCCUUUGUUAGAAAACAAAAGAUUUUAGAUGAAAUUAAACCACUUGAUGAUCUAAACAACAGGAAAGAUUGUAUGUCCAAUCAUACAACAGAAAUUGGGAAAGAUCUUGACUAUCUUAAAGACGUAAAUGGAACCACAAGUGGCAUAGGCACCGGCAGCAGUGUCGAAAAAUACAUCAUCGAUGAAAGUGAUUACAUGUCAUUCAUACACAAUCCCAGUCUUACUGUGACUGUACCAAUCGCUGUAGGAGAGUCUGACUUUGAAAACUUAAACACGGAGGACUUUAGUAGUGAAUCCGAUUUGGAAGAAAGUAAAGAGAAACUUAACGAAAGCAGCAGCUCGUCGGAAGGUAGCACUGUGGACAUCGGCGCGCCUGCCGAAGAACAGCCUGUCGUGGAACCCGAAGAAGCCCUGGAACCUGAAGCCUGUUUCACUGAAGGCUGUGUACAAAGAUUCAAAUGCUGUCAGAUCAGCGUGGAAGAAGGCAGAGGAAAACAGUGGUGGAACCUGAGAAGGACGUGUUUCCGCAUAGUUGAACAUAACUGGUUUGAGACCUUCAUUGUUUUCAUGAUUCUCCUUAGUAGUGGUGCUCUGGCAUUUGAAGAUAUAUAUAUUGAUCAGCGAAAGACAAUUAAGACUAUGUUGGAAUAUGCUGACAAAGUUUUCACCUACAUUUUCAUUCUGGAAAUGCUUCUAAAGUGGGUAGCAUACGGCUAUCAAACAUAUUUCACCAACGCCUGGUGUUGGCUGGACUUUUUAAUUGUUGAUGUUUCAUUGGUCAGUUUAACAGCAAAUGCCUUGGGUUACUCAGAACUUGGUGCCAUCAAAUCUCUCAGAACACUGAGAGCUCUGAGACCUCUAAGAGCCUUAUCUCGAUUUGAAGGGAUGAGGGUGGUUGUGAAUGCCCUUUUAGGAGCAAUUCCAUCCAUCAUGAAUGUGCUUCUGGUUUGUCUUAUAUUCUGGCUAAUUUUCAGCAUCAUGGGCGUAAAUUUGUUUGCUGGCAAAUUCUACCACUGUAUUAACACCACAACUGGUGACAGGUUUGACAUCACCGAAGUGAAUAAUCAUUCUGAUUGCCUAAAACUAAUAGAAAGAAAUGAGACUGCCCGAUGGAAAAAUGUGAAAGUAAACUUUGAUAAUGUAGGAUUUGGGUAUCUCUCUUUGCUUCAAGUUGCCACAUUUAAAGGAUGGAUGGAUAUAAUGUACGCAGCGGUUGAUUCCAGAAACGUUGAACUUCAGCCUAAGUAUGAGGAAAGUCUCUACAUGUACCUUUAUUUUGUUAUUUUCAUCAUCUUUGGGUCCUUCUUCACCUUGAAUCUGUUUAUUGGUGUCAUCAUAGAUAAUUUCAACCAGCAAAAAAAGAAGUUUGGAGGUCAAGACAUCUUUAUGACAGAAGAACAGAAGAAAUACUAUAAUGCAAUGAAAAAAUUAGGAUCGAAAAAGCCACAAAAGCCUAUACCUCGACCAGGAAACAAAUUUCAAGGGAUGGUCUUUGACUUUGUAACCAGACAAGUUUUUGACAUCAGCAUCAUGAUUCUCAUCUGUCUUAACAUGGUCACAAUGAUGGUGGAAACUGAUGACCAGAGUGAAUAUGUGACUACCAUUUUGUCACGCAUCAAUCUGGUGUUCAUUGUGCUGUUCACUGGAGAGUGUGUGCUGAAGAUGAUCUCCCUUCGCCAUUAUUAUUUUACCAUUGGCUGGAAUAUUUUUGAUUUUGUGGUUGUCAUUCUCUCCAUUGUAGGAAUGUUUCUGGCUGAGCUGAUAGAAAAAUAUUUUGUGUCCCCCACCCUGUUCCGUGUGAUCCGUCUUGCCAGGAUUGGCCGAAUCCUCCGUCUGAUCAAAGGAGCAAAGGGGAUCCACCCUGGAAGCUCAGUGAAGGGGGACUGCGGGAACCCAUCUGUUGGGAUUUUCUUCUUUGUCAGUUACAUCAUCAUAUCAUUUCUGGUUGUGGUGAACAUGUACAUCGCCGUCAUCCUGGAGAACUUCAGUGUUGCCACUGAAGAAAGUGCAGAGCCCCUGAGCGAGGAUGACUUUGAGAUGUUCUACGAGGUCUGGGAGAAGUUCGAUCCCGAUGCGACCCAAUUCAUGGAAUUUGAAAAGCUAUCCCAGUUUGCUGCUGCUCUGGAACCUCCCCUCAACUUGCCACAACCAAACAAACUCCAGCUCAUUGCCAUGGAUUUGCCAAUGGUGAGUGGCGACCGAAUCCACUGUCUUGACAUCUUAUUUGCAUUUACAAAACGGGUUCUGGGAGAGAGCGGAGAGAUGGACGCUCUCCGCAUCCAGAUGGAAGAGCGAUUCAUGGCUUCCAACCCUUCCAAGGUCUCCUAUCAGCCAAUCACGACUACGUUAAAACGAAAACAAGAGGAAGUAUCCGCUGUCAUUAUUCAGAGAGCUUACAGGCGCCACCUUUUAAAGAGAACUGUAAAACAAGCUUCAUUUACAUAUAAUAAAAACAAAAUCAAAGGUGGCGCUAAUCUUCUUGUAAAAGAAGACAUGAUAAUUGACAGAAUAAAUGAAAACUCUAUUACAGAGAAAACUGAUCUGACCAUGUCCACUGCAGUUUGUCCGCCUUCCUAUGAUCGGGUGACAAAGCCAAUCGUGGAAAAACACGAGCAAGAAGGCAAAGACGAAAAAGCCAAAGGGAAAUAA